CACACACACGAACGCACGCUCGCUCUUUCAUAUACGCACGCACUCUUUCUCGCGCUCUCUCUCUCUUCACUCUCCAUUCUCGCUAUCAAUAACUUUUUGGGGUUUUCCACAGAAGUUAAAGAAAUGUAAUGUCCGAUGAUAAGCAUAUGAUGGCAAAUAUGAAGCAUUCUGCCAGAUAGAGACUACAGUGUGGCGAUUGCAGACGCGUACCUUGAGUGCACUGUCCCAGUGGCGCCGUCCACACGAGGUGAGCAAAGGAGAAUCUCGACACAGCGCCGUACGCAGAGGAGUGAGGAUUACACAGUUUACUCAACGAAUCAGUUGUACUAUGGACAAUAUCGCGAAUAUGGGCAGUGCCGAGGAGGCCUGAGUUAACAGAUCGCCUGCUGCUGCUGUGUACGUGGCAUGGAUCGUCAGUGACAGUCUUGGAGGAAGGGUGUGUUGUUUGGCCUUUGAAGAGCUCUCAUCCAGCAGAAGAGCUCUCAUCCCCCUACACCCCAUCAACCUCUCCACCUCCCUCCCCACAGCUAGCGACAGACCUCGGACAAUAAUCUCUCCAAGAUUUAUGAUGUCCUUGUGCCGGAGCAGAGGCCUGGCUCGUUGUUCAUAAGAGGGGUUUUAUUUCACCACUUUUUUUUCUCUCAUCUUCUUCCUCAUUUGAAAAAGGUGUGGGACCAGCCGUGAAAUGGGAAACGUCUGUUUGACAUGUGAAGCCCAUCUGGAGAGAAAGUGUGCUUUCAGGCCUGGAUAUAAGGAAUUACUCAAAAACAAAACAGAAACGUCACUGUAUGGAAUGUCGUUUUCCCUCUUUCCUUCUCAUUAACAACAACAUGUCGGAUUGUCCUGGCCCUUUAAACACUUAGUCACAGAAUAAACAAUGCACCUACAGAAUAUGAGGACAAUGUGCAACAUUUCCUUCUGCAAUGUGGACUCGAAGAUCGACCAGUACUUCCAGCCUACGCUGUACAUCAUUGUCAUCGUCCUGGGCCUGCCAACCAACUGCAUGGCUCUGUGGGCAGCUUACUUGCAGGUGAAGCAGAAAAACGAGCUGGGCAUCUACUUGAUCAACCUCUCCUUGGCUGACCUUCUCUACAUCGGCACCCUGCCCCUAUGGAUCGACUACUUCCUCCAGCACGACGACUGGAUUCAUGGCCAGAAUUCCUGCAAGCUCUUCGGCUUCAUCUUCUACACCAACAUCUACGUCAGCAUCGCCUUCCUCUGCUGCAUUUCCAUCGACCGAUACCUGGCCGUGGCCUACCCGCUCAAGUUCGCCAAGGUCCGGCGGGUGAAAACUGCCGUGCUGGUCAGUUCCGUGGUGUGGACCAUCGAGAUAGUGGCCAACUCUGCGCCACUCUUCCACGACGAGCUCUUCCAGGACCGUUUCAACCACACCUUCUGCUUCGAGAAGUACCCCAUGCAAGACUGGGUGGCGGGCAUGAACCUUUACCGGACCUUUCUGGGUUUCCUGGUGCCCUGGCUGAUCAUGCUGGGUGCGUACCGGGGCAUUCUGCGGGCGGUGCGUGGCAAUGUGUCCACGGAGUGUCACGAGAAGGCGAAAAUCAAGCGCCUGGCGCUGAGCCUAAUCCUGAUCGUAUUGCUGUGCUUUGGGCCAUACCACGUGCUCCUGCUGUGUCGCAGCAUCCUGUUCCUCCAGAAGCCUUGCGACUGUGGCGCAGAGGAGGACCUGUUUGCAGCCUACCAUGUGGCGCUGGCGCUCACCAGCCUGAACUGUGUGGCUGACCCCAUCCUCUACUGUUUUGUUAACGAGGGCGCACGACAUGACGUCGGUCACGCGCUCACCACCCUGCUUGGCGUCUUCAAGCGGAACUCGCCCGCUGACACUCUGGCAGCUGGAUCUUUCACCUUGGAGACACCACUGUCCACCAAAAAGCAGCUGGGCCUGUACAGCGAGGUCAAGGCCAGCACCUACAAGACAGAGCUGGUGGCCCUCAAAGAGGAGUGUCUUCAGAUGACCAUACUCAGUGUUAAGAAAUGAACAGCCAUCCUGAUCCGCCAUGAGAAAACCCAAGACUAUGGGGAAGUGGGUCAGUUUAUGGUGCAUAGAAAAUGGGAGAGGUUUUAUUAUGUGUAAUGUUUUAGCUGUUUUAUUCGUUUUGGGGAUGACACCUCAUAUUAUGUACCUCAUAUGGUAAACUGUGAUUGAAAUGUGUUUGAUAUAGACGAAAAUAAUCAAAAAAGAUGGACCAUGGGUACAUUGUGACAACCGUAAGAAAGACUAUAGUAAGUUCAGUGGCAUAGAUGUGAUGCAAUGUGAAAUAAAGGAUGUUUGCCAUCAAACGGUUUCUUUCUCCUCCUCGUGAUCUAUAGUAGGUAUGUGUUCUGGUUGGGACAAGGUUAUCUAACAAUGGAUUCAACAUGUUUACAUUUCUCUUUCAAUGAGCUCCAGAUGCCUUGUAACAGCUCCAAAAAUCCCAAAUGUGUUCUGUCAACCGGAGAGUGAAGCACAAUACUACUUGUUUUUGUUCGACAAUUUCACUGGGAAAUAAAUUAUAUCAUUGUU